CAGUUUGACUGUCUCAAUUCUUUUAUCUCCAGACUAGUUUUAGCAUGAUCUUUACUUUGUCCCCUAUACAUUGUGUAUAUCUUUAUUUUAAAUCAAGGAAGUAUAAUCUCUUACCGGCUAUGUAUUCGUAUUAUCUAUAUAUGAUAUCAUAAUUUUUAUCAGUUUAUAUCUGAUCAUAUUUUUUUCCAAAAUGGCGACUGAGGAAAACUUUGACAAAGAAGUUGAUAUGUGAUCAAUUCAAUUCAGAAGAAAAUGGCGUCAGGAGGAAGUUUUGAUGAAGAUGACUUUUACAAGAGGGUUCUGAUGAGCAGCCAGAAAAGGUUUGUAAGUGACGCAGACCCUGUAGCUCUACUGGAUGAGUUUCUUCAAAAAGAGUUUAUCGAUCACGAUCUGUAUAGAGAUAUUUCGGAGUUAGCACUUACAUCACAAAAGAACAGAAAAAUUAUAGAGACUGUACGUACAAAGGGGAAAAACGGGUACAGACAAUUCAAAGAAUGUCUUAGAGAAUCAGAUCAAGGGCAUCUUGUGGACCAUUUAGAACGAAACGAGAAGGAAGUAAAACAGACAGCAAGAAAAAAACCCACACAAACGAUUAAAAAGGUUUCUGAUGAGGACAUUGCCAAAAUCGCAAAUGCGAUAGGCAAAAACUGGGAACUGCUUGCCCCUGCUCUAGGCUUAAUCGAUACAGAAGUUGAUCAUCUGAAAAUGAAUUAUGAUACAGUGGAACUAUGUAUAUAUCAAAUGCUGAUGACAUGGAAAAAAAGAAGCGGGGAAGCUGCAACUUUACAAAACUUGUUAUCAAAGAUUCAGAGCAUGCCGUCAGUAACAGUGAACAUGGAUUACAUAUACAAUAAUGUGCCUGGUGCUUCACAACCUGCUUCGUAUCAGAGAUCUAAAUUCGUCGAAGACAUGACUGUUGAAAUUCCAGUGUCAGAUAGUCAAGUCAAAGAAAACGAAAAUAAACAUAAACAAAUAGAAGAACAAUCUUGGAUUUCUAAUGCCAUUGACGGAGUGAGUCCAGUCAAAGAACGACCAGAACGACAAUUGCAAGAAGAAAGUUACAAUAAAUUGAAGACCAUGAAAGCAGAAGAUCAAAUUGAUGCUGUAGGAACACAACUAUCAGAACCAAAUGGAACAGAAGUAACACCAUCGUACGAGAAUUUAAAUGUUAAUUUCAAUUCGAAAGCAUCAGUGAGUGUCGAAAACCAACCGAUACAGGUGACAGAUAAUUUCACUAAUAAAAUCCAAAGUGUAAUAAGUGUAUUGAGUAGUAUGACAGAACCACCUACUACUCACAUACCCGAAAAAGUAAACAAAUCAAAACUGAACCAGAGAAGUAAUCCAUACACAAAUCAAGGUGUACACUUUAGUAAAAACAUUACGGUAGACCUCCCUGCAGAAUCGAACGACGAAAUAUCGAAAAAGAAACUUGAAGAAAAGUUUAAACAGCCUCAAUAUAUAUCUCGUCGUAAGAGUACUCAUGACGGAAGGCUUUUGAUCCUUGAAAGAAAUGACUUUGAAUAUAUAAAGAGCAAAUAUAACACACAGAAACCAAUGGAAGGUGGCUUUGGUUGUGUUUAUAUUUCUAAAGAGAAGAUACCACCUCUUGAUAUUAAAGUGGCAAUAAAAGAAAUAGAAUGUAGUAACGAAAAAAGUAAACAUUACGAGAGGUCCAUCAGCAAUGAGAAACUUGCGUCUCGGAUAAUGCAUUUUGCCAUAGUUCCGCUGCUAGCAAUGGGAUGUGACAAGGAUAAAGGAAUAUAUUGGUUUCUUUUACCUUGUCUUGAAAAGGGGGAUUUGAGCACAUUGAUUGCAAAUGACACUAGACGUAUUGAUGGUCAUUCAAUGGAAGAUACAGAGUUAACUCGCCAAAGAAGACUCAGAAUCAUUUACCAUAUCAGUGCAGCAAUAGACUUUCUCCACACUGAAAUUGAAAAUUUUAGGGGCAGAAUAAUUCAUUUAGAUGUCAAAACACCCAACGUCGUUCUUGACCCGUUUUACAAUGCAAGGCUUACAGACUUUGGAGUUGCAAGAGAAACAACUGGAAAUGAUACCUCAAUCAGAAUGACGCUACAAACCGCUAUUCCUACAACAAAAGGAUACUUUGACCCACCAGCACACAGUAAACUUCGGAAGUACUUCGACUAUUUCAAUAUAGGUGUAGUAAUAAGAGAGUUGUUGACCGGGAAACCUCCAUAUUUCCAAGACCCAGGCGACCCGAAAGAAAUGUUUCUCAAAAACAUGGAAACGUAUAUGUUGGAGGAAAUUUACAUUCAGGGAGACAUUUGGAACGACAAGGAUGAUCUAUGUGAACCAGCAAAAAGAAUGCUGAUUUUAUCACAGCAAUGUUUUGACAGUGCUAAAAACAGUGAAGAAACCAAAGAUAAAAAGUUGACUUCGACGAAGAUUUUGAAUAAAAUGGAGGAUGUUGUGAACCAUUUCUGUGACGGACAUGCAUGGGAACGCUCAACAGACAAAGCUGAUGAUAACUGCGAGAUGUGUCUAGUUAAUUCCUCAGUUGAAAAAGAUCUACUUUCGCAUGCAAACUGCCAAUGUCCGCUUAAGGUAUGUGUAUCCUGUAUGAGGAACUCAUAUCUGAACCCGCUUCGUUGCCACACGUGCUUUCAGGAAAUUGAACCAAUUAUAGGUUCAAAAUGGGGAGCAGUGCUCGUAGCUGGACGAUAUGACAACGAUAGUGAAUUCUCCAAGUCGUGCUCGAAAGAUAUUGCCGACGUUGAGAAAGUGAUCAUAUCGAGAUGCCCCUUGGUUAUAGGCAUUAGAAAACCUUAUGUAAGAACGAUAACACACAGCAUAAGCAUAUCUUUAGAGCAAGACGAAGAUUUCACCUCAAGAGUACAAAGUGCGUUCAACGACCUGAAACAAAAUGGCGUGAGGACCAUUUUCUUUUACUUCUCCGGGCGCUUUUCGAAAGCGGAUGACGGAUUCGUGAUGCAAACAAAAUGUGUAGAUAGGAAUACAUCAACUGAAGAACAGCAGUAUGCUAGCAAAUACCUGCUUAUGUCUGAAUUCAAAGAAAUGCUGCGAUCAUUUUCAGAGAAAAGCAGUGAUCCAACAGCUAACGAAAUGGAUAAGAAUUUCAUAAUUGUACUAGACUGCGCUGAAGCGCCUAUACUUGGGUUUAAUGACUUGGAGUCUGACACAGAAAUGUAUAGGAGGAUUGUGCAGCUGAAUGCUUGUGGACCAAAUCAGACGAUUGUUCGAGAAUCAGAUGGAAGUAUAUUCAAGCAGUUUUUCAUACAGGGACUGACAAUGAAAGCAACAAAAAAGACUUGCCAUUUGGAGAAGUAUGAACGAUGUGACAUUUGUCCCAUUAAGGUGGAUGAUUUCAUCACAAUCGGUAGCCUUAAUACCUACAUAACUAGACAUAUGGAAGCAUAUUACAAACAUCUCGAUAGGGAACCAGCUGUUCCAGUCCAGUAUACACCAAAAGAUGCAAAAAUAGCUUAUGUAGUGGAUACAUCAGCUGAACUCAAUUUCAUUUUGACAUUCGGUGGAAUGCAAAAGGAUUGCUCAAUAGCCUGUCAUUUUUUCAACGAGAUUAGCCAACUGAAGGAGGUCCUAUUUGAUAAAUUCGUGGAUAAAAUGAAUGUGGACAAAGAAAAAGGGACAGAACUGCAAUUGAGCGCUGGCGGCUAUCGAGAUAUUCUUCAAAUUAUCAUAAAAACCGGACCAAAAGAAACACACAAGCUGAAACUCAAUAGCCUGGAGCAAAUAAUGUCAGCCUGGAACGGAAAAAGAGAAUUAUUUGUGGAAAUGAGAGAUAUUCAAACGAUAUCGGACGGAAUGGUCGGUGUGUUUAGAGAAACUAAAACACUAUUAUCUUUUUUACAACAAUACGAAAAGGAAGAACAAGCGAAACGUACUAUCUACAGGAUGGAUGUAGACAGUUUUCGCCAGCUGAAAUCUCCCGAAUUACUGCAGUUGAAAAAGGGUGUACUGGCACUACCGAAAGAGGAACUUAAGCUCGCCGAAUUACAUAUCAUAUUGCCAAGCAUGACGGACGAGACAGGUUCCAGACGUCAUAGGGAUGAUUUUGUCUGUUUUAAAAUUGAAAAAAAGUCAAGCGUCGGAAACUGCUAGCGUGGAGUUUAUGUCGAACGGGAAAUCUGCUCAAUGGGAGGCUCAGUGCAAAGUACUAUGGAACAGUUCAAAAUCACCAUAACCAGAUGUUAUUGCGGCAUGCUGGAUGAUGAGUAUAUAUGAUGACAACGUCACUGCUAUGAAAUUUAUCAUUUUUCAAACUUCAUGGAUUUUGACCAUUUCUUUAUCUGACAUGAAUAGACUAAAUCUAACCGAGUAUGCUAUUAUUUGCAAGGUUGCGUCCGUUGGACUUCAUAUAUAUUUUGUUAUCUAUAUUUGUGACAUUUUAUUUUGACUGCAUAAAUGUGAAUAAGUUAUACAUUUCCUGAGCAAAAUGUUAAUAUUGGCACAUACGACACUCAUCGAUUGGAAAUCUUGGUGCUAUGAUAUAAAAAGUAUAUUUUGAAUGUUAGACACGCAAAAGAGUGUAUAGUUUGUUGUUGGACUUUAAUGUAGGUGUCAGACAGCGUUAAUUUGAAUAUUAGGAUACGAAAAGUUUUGCACAUUAUUUGUAACAAUUGUCUUUAUAUGUGUAUAAUAUAACAUAUCGCUAAUAGCUUGUUUUAUGAGUAAGUCAAAUUUUGAAAAAAAUGUUAAAAUGACAUUUCACUAUGCGACCAAUGGCACUGAGGACGUAAUAUCAAAAUAUAUUUUAUAACAACAUUUUUUUUUUCAAAAAAGUAAAAUACAGCAGAUUUUCUCUGUGUUUUAUGGGAAAGAUGUAAGGAUUUAUAUAUAUCCUUGGUUAUAUGAACUUAUUCCAAGAGAUGUUGAAGCGAAGUUUACAAUAGGGCAUUCAAUUUGUUGAAAUAAUGCUGUAGAAAAUGUGACAAGCAUAGUAAAUAUCCUUGGAACACGGUUAAUGCCAUAUUCAAGAAAGGAUGAAAUAUUGAUAAAAGUACAUAUCAUGACAGGAAAACAAAGUCGCAUGCCUUUCAAAAGUGUAUUUUUCCCAAGCCAACUUUAAAAGUUUCCAGCUAAUGGCUAAGUUUUUGUUUUGUGUUGCUGAUAACUGCAGUGUCGUUACUGUUUCCAACUCGUGGGUACAUUUUAAGUAACCAAAUCAAGCUAAGAAAUUUAACAUAUUUUUUUGUUGAGAUAAAGUCAGAAAUUUGCCCUGCUAAUCUAGAUGCAACUUAUUGUAAUGGGAUUUAUCAAGUAAGAUUGCCCUGCAAAACUAAUUACAACCUACUUUAAUGGGACUUAUCAAGUCUGAGAUUUGCCCUGCUAAAAUAAAUGCAACCUACAGUAAUGGCAUUUAUCAAGUCAGAGAUUUGCAACUGAAUGCAUGUUACUCUAAUGGGACUGAUGAAGGUGACUAGAAAAUAUAAAAAGCGUCAGUUCAGUUUUGGUAGUCAGAGCUAUGUUUGGUUGAAUUUUCGUAGACCAAUUCUUUUUAAUGCCUAAGAACGAGAAGUACACCAUUUAAUUUUAGUAUUAUCGCACUUUAUUGCUGAUACAGACUCUUUAAUAUAAACUGAAACUGAAACUGAAUAAUUUGAUUAAACGCUUAUUUUUCUACAGUGGUAUAUUCAGUGGCGUUGUACAUUAUAAUAAUAAUAAUAAUAAUAAUAAUAAUAAUCAUUAUCAUAACAAUAUUAAUAAUGACAAUAAUAACAACAAAAGCCUUAUUGUAACAAACAGUCAUGACCGCAACCCUCCCCUUCAAGUCAUUUUACCCCUAUUGCGAAUAACUUGUAUUUAAAUGUUUGCAUUGAUUGUCUUGUGCGCUAAAGUUAUAAAACACUGUAAAUAAUAUUAUAAUAUAUAAUUAUGUAGAUUUGCAUUGCUUUUACCAAUUUUGAAGAAAGAAGGUCUUGAUACCGUCUUUCAUAGAGGUGAAAUUUUCUUAUCGAUUUACAAAUAAAUGGGAUUCGGUCGUUAAAGCUAUAUGUAAAAAGAUAUCCUCUUACAUAUGCUUACUCUCUAGGAUAAAGGAAAAUCAAAAUACAGAAAAUAGAACUUUAUGUUAUAAAGCUAAUAUUCAUACGCGUUUAAAUUAUUGCUCAAUAGUAUGGGGAAGCACAGUCAAUACAAAUAUACAGAAAGUUAUACGUACAUGUAGGAUGAUAUUAGGCUCAAAUUAUUCAGAUUUCAAUCAAGCUCGCAGGUUUCUCGAUAUACAACGGUUUGAACAGCGUCUGUUUUACCAGAUAGCAUGUUUUAUGUUCAGAAUCGCAAAUAGUCUAUUACCAAACUACGUAUGUGAAAUGUACAAACAAAAAGAACGGACAAAUGAUGCGCCUUUGUCAUUACGGUAAAACACAAUCAGAGCUUUUCAAAAACAGCUUACUUUAUUCAGGUACAUUUGUUUGGAAUAUGUUACCUAUCGAUGUAAAAUCCUCUAGCUCACUACAAUGUUUUAAAUCAAAGAGUAGCAACUGAAAUGACUAUGUCAUAAAAUAAACAUGUUAAUGUUAUGUCGAAAUUAAAAAAAUUUGUAUUUCUAAUGUUAAUUUACAUUUUUAUUUCAUGUCAUACUUAUGGUGAUAUUUGUUGUUGUUUUUAUUUUUGUUUAAACUGUAUUUGUAUAUAUCUGUGUUAAAAGCGGGCCUCAUGGAAGAUUAGCGUCAGCUAAAUGAAUUAUUCUCUAUAAAUAAAGAAUUCACUUAAUUACUUCCUUA